AUGGAAUGGAUCAAUAUUAGGUUUCCAUUAGCAUUACACGGUUUGGUCACUAAUAUGCUUUGUGGUACUUAAGGGUAUCAAAUGUUAAAUGAAAAUUGUAGAGACCCCAAAAUAAACUUUGCCCAAACUCCUUUUUUUUUUUUUUUAUUUAUCAUCAAUUUUGCCCAAACUUAAGGAUAUAGUAAAGUGCAACAACUCUAAAAUAAAAUAAAAUAAAAAGAAGCAUGCAAAUUACAAUAAGAAAAGCCAUAUAAGUAAUAAGAGAAGGGAAAGCAAGGAAAGCACCUUAUAUCUCUCUAAUCACAAUCAUUCUCUUUCUCGUUGUGGUCAACCUCUUAAUUUUCGGAAAACCACUCUUUCCAUCGGCCAUGGAAGAAUCUACAGUCUCUACCGUUACCGAUUCGAUCCUUCUGAAGAUAAAGUAUGCAGCUGCGCAGAUAAGAGAAAAAGAGCAGCCGAAGGGACUUAAAGACUUUAUUUCACCCAUCAUGGAGGCUCUAAAUGAUGGUGCAGAGAAAAAGCCAGUCGAUGAUGUACUGUUGCAGGAUGAGGAUAAGCUAAAGGAAUUACUUGAAGACACCAUCGGUUCAAAAUUCAAGGGUAUACAGGGUGAUGCAGAUAAGAAGAAAAGGGUCAAGAACCUUACAGUCAAAAGAAAGACGAAGACUGAAGAUGCACUGUAUAAAGCAGACGACUUGAUGGACGAGGUCUUGAAUGAGGCAGCCAAACCGGUCCUAAACUCAAAACAACUAGUUUCCUUGGCAAAGAAGCUACGUGAAACAAUAAAAAAUAUGGAAAACGCUGCAGCUGGAGAUAACGCUAGGCCUGAACAGCCUCAUAAAGUUUUCUUCAGGCCUCGUAAAGUUUUCACUAAGGAGUUGGACCCCCCAGUGAAUAGGCUUAAUUCAGAUAGUUGGUUGGACAAUCAUAAGAAGGCUAUUGAAGAACAACUUUGGAAGGAGAUAACAACAAAUGGAGAAGAGCAUGUGGCGGUUUUGGCCAUAGUAGGUAAUGGAGGAUUAGGAAAAACCACACUUGCUCUGAACUUAUUUCAACGGCAAAUAUCUCAGAAGGAUACCGACUUUGAUUUGCGAAUUUGGGUUAACAUGAGAUCACUUGUUGAGGGAAUCAUCCCUCCUCAUAAAUUUAACAUGAGAUCACUUGUCGAGGAAAUCAUUCUGUAUACAGCUAAAAAAGAUGUUCAGGACGAACGACUUGAGUCUACAACAAAGAGACUACCACAGUGCACACCAUCUGAGGGACCUAGCACCUUCCAUGAAGUGAACAGGCUUAGCGUUGAACAACUUCACAAGGAGGACUCUGCAGCCUUGUCAGAGAGCCUCAGCUACCUCGAAGAAGGUGAAUUGCAUGAUAAGCUUCGACAGAUAAUAGAUGGAAAAUGGCUGCUUCUUGUACUUGAUGAUGUCUUGGAUAUGGACAUUAGAAAGUGGCUACACUUCAAAAACUUGUUAUCAAAUGCUGUUGGUGAUGGGAGCAGAAUAAUAAUAACUACUUGUAGUAAACUUGAUGGAAAGAUUACUGCAAGUACAGACAAGAACGUCCAUAUGCUACGCCAUCUAGAUGAACGUGAGUCUUGCGACCUAUUCCAACGAUCUGCAUUUGAUUUGCAGAAGCCAAUCAACUCUAAAAUUGUGGAGGUUGCAGUGGAGAUUGUAAAAAGGUGUGGAGGAAACCCUUUUGCCUUAAAGACAGUAGGUGAAAAACUCAUGUCCACAAAUCUAGAAACCCAAGCUUGGUCCAACUUCCGCGAUAAAGAAUUUCAAAAAGUCGUCAAUGAAGAAAUCUUGCCCUCCCUUAAACUUAGUUAUGAUCUUCUACCUCCAGAGUUGAAACAAUGCUUUGCCUACUGUAGUAUAUUCCCUCAACAAUCUGAGAUUGAAGUGAAAAAAUUAAUACACCUUUGGAUGGCACAAGGGUUGAUUUAUCCAUUGCCAGGACAACGAAUGGAGGAUGUGGGUUAUGAUUAUGUUAAGGAUUUAUGUCAGAGAUCCUUGUUUGAAGAAUUGGAAGUAGAUCGUGAGAAGGGCUUUGUAACGACGUGCAAGAUGCCAAAGCUUAUGCAUGACCUAGCAGUACUUGUAUCAGGAAAAAGGUUAGCCACACUAAAGCAAAAGGAAAAGCUUGAAAUUGGUACUGAUGAAAGAAGUACUCAAAAGGAUAAGAGUGACAUUGGUACUCAUGGUGAAAGAACACUAAAGAAUAAGCAUGAUAUUGGUAAUCAUGAUGAAACAACUCAAAAGGAUAACAGUGGUAUUGUCACUCAUGAAAGAACUAAACUAGCGGAUAAGCAUGAUAUUGGCAACGAUGAAAUAACUCAAAAGAAGGAUAAGAGUGAUAUGGGUACUGAUGAAAGAACUCAAGAGGAUAAGCAUGCUAUUGGUAUUGAUGAAACAACCGAACAUGUCUCGUUUCAUUUUCAUUUAGAUGGGUCAAGAAAAAUUCGUUCGUUCUUUCAGAAAAAGAGGCCAAGGAUUCGAACAAUUAUUUUGCCUUGCCAGUUGCAAGAGGAAACUGAGGAGGAACUACGUAGCUCAACGUUUAAAGAUAUCAUUACCAAUUAUAAUAACUUACGCACAUUGGAUCUGCAUGCUACAGGGAUCAAAGUUGUGCCGGAGUCCAUUGAUAAGCUGAAGCAUCUAAAAUACCUUGAUCUUUCUCAAAACAAAGGUAUCAAGUUAUUGCCUGAUUCAAUCACCAAGGUACCGAAUUUGAUGACACUGAAACUCUCCUCAUGCUGUGGACUCAACGAGCUGCCAAAAGAUAUGGAGAAACUAGUCAACCUCAAACAUCUUGAGAUUGAUUUGAUGUGAUUCCGCCCGAGGCCGCUCAACCGAUAACCCGCUGAGGUGCUGACUCGACAUGGAUGAAGACCAGGCCAAUCACAAGAGCUCAAAUUAAGAGAUUUAAGGACAACCUGGGAGUAUUUAUACAGAGGGUAAUCAAUCUCAAUAGAGCUUGUUCAUACUUGAAGAUACAAAGCCUAUUCUAAGCAUCCAAGUGGUGGAAGCCGAUAAGGAUCCGGGUGACGGUUUUGGUACAUUUUUGGAGUCCGGGAAGCAUGAAAUGGUUCCAAUGCUUUAUGGGUUCAAUACAUAUGCCUAAGAGGUCAUGGAAUCAAGUUAAAGCAGCCUCAAAUGCAAUCAAAAAGGGCUUGUACGGACAGCCUCAACAAUUUGGCCGAAUUUGCUGUAUUGCUUGCUGGCUUUACUGUAUUUUACUGUAUUAGCCUUUUCUUAUUUUUUCAAGCAUGGGCAACAUGUGGGACUUCAUAUUCAGCUUAUUUGGCAUCCUGAAAAGCAUCUAGAAGCUGAUUUGAAGCUCAAAGAGGUCAAAGAUUGAUCAAAUUCAACUUGAUAAAAAAGCUAGCAUUUUUAGUUUCCUAAUUUGUUUUUACUUUUUGUUUUAGGAAACUACCAUUACUUUUUUGGCUUUUAUUUAUUUAUUUUCUGGACAAAUAAC